AUGGUUCAAACAAACGGAGUUUCUCACCACAACCAAGGAACUUUCCUUUUCACUUCUGAGUCUGUUGGUGAGGGACAUCCAGACAAGAUCGCUGAUCAAGUCUCCGAUGCCAUUCUUGAUGCAUGCUUAGCUGAGGACCCUCUCUCUAAAGUUGCUUGUGAGACUGCUACCAAGACUGGUAUGGUUAUGGUUUUUGGUGAGAUUACCACCAAGGCACGUCUCGAUUACCAAAAAGUCAUUCGUGGAGCCAUUAAGGAUAUUGGAUACGAUGACUCUUCCAAGGGUUUCGACUACAAGACUUGCAACGUGUUGGUUGCCAUUGAAGAACAAUCUCCAGAUAUCGCUCAAGGUCUUCACUACGAACAGGCUCUCGAGCAAUUAGGUGCUGGUGAUCAAGGUAUCAUGUUCGGAUAUGCCACUGAUGAGACUCCCGAAUUAUUCCCUUUGACCCUUCAAUUGGCACACAAGCUUAACGCUGCUAUGUCCGCUGCUCGCAGAGACGGUAGCUUGCCAUGGCUCAGACCUGAUACCAAGACUCAAGUCACUAUUGAGUACAAGCAUGACAACGGAGCUGUUGUCCCACAAAGAGUCCACACCGUUGUUGUCAGCGCUCAACACGAUGAGAACAUCACCACCGAGUCUUUGAGAAAGGAGAUUUUAGAAAAGAUUAUCAAGACCGCGAUCCCUGCCAAAUACUUGACUGAGGAGACUAUCUACCACAUUCAACCAUCCGGACUUUUCAUCAUCGGUGGACCUCAAGGAGAUGCUGGUCUUACUGGCCGAAAAAUUAUUGUCGACACAUACGGUGGAUGGGGUGCUCACGGUGGUGGAGCUUUCUCCGGAAAGGAUUUCUCCAAGGUUGACAGAUCUGCUGCCUACGUCGCCAGAUGGAUUGCCAAGUCAUUGGUCAAUGCCAAACUCGCCAGACGUGCUCUCGUUCAACUCUCAUACGCCAUCGGUGUUGCCGAGCCACUUUCCAUCUUUGUCGACACAUAUGGUACAUCCAGCAAGACAUCAGAUGAACUUGUUGAGAUUAUCAGAGCCAACUUUGACUUAAGACCUGGUGUCAUUGUCAAGGAGCUCGAUUUGGCCAAGCCAAUCUACUUCAAGACUGCCAAGAACGGUCACUUCACCAGUCAAGACUUCACCUGGGAGAAGCCAAAGACCCUCAAGUUCUAA